UACAAGACCAAUACAGAAUCAGAAUAUGAGCGCUGUUUUGAUUUUUGUCCCUGCGCAGACGCCGUACAUUGCUCCUCUCUGAUUGGUCAAUCCACAACCCAAUACAAUCGUUUGGAAGACGUUUUCUAGAUCCAAGACAAGAUGAGUCUACGAAAGCAAACACCGAGUGACUUCCUGAAGCAGAUCAUUGGAAGGCCAGUGGUCGUCAAACUGAAUUCAGGUGUCGAUUAUAGAGGUGUCCUGGCCUGCCUGGAUGGUUACAUGAACAUCGCCAUAGAGCAGACUGAAGAGUAUGUCAAUGGACAGCUGAAAAACAAGUAUGGAGAUGCGUUUCUGAGAGGAAACAAUGUUCUGUACAUCAGCACCCAGAAGAGGAAAGUGUGACGAAUAUUUGGAUGUUUUUCAUUUAUUUUAUUUUCCAGUGUUUGGGUUGUCAGUUGACAACUGUCUCUUUGUUUGGUAUUGUUAAGCCUCAGCUUCAGAGAAUGUUUUUGUAAAAGUGGAACACAAAUAAAUCCUGAGUUUUUGAUUCAUGA